AUUAAAUCAAUCCUAACCUCAAUCAUUUUAUCAAUUACAUUAAGAUUCAUUCUUAUUAUUCUAUCUCUAAUCUUAUCCAAAAAAUCCACCCUAGAUAAAGAAAAAAGAUCUCCUUACGAAUGUGGAUUCAAUCCAUUCUCAUCCUCCCGAAUUCCAUUUUCCCUACGAUUCUUUUUAAUUUCAAUUAUCUUCCUAAUUUUUGAUGUAGAAAUCGCCUUACUACUUCCCAUCCCACUAACUACCUCUUUAAAAAACUCUAUAAUUACCUUAUCCAUCUUCCUAAUAAUUCUAAUUUUAGGCCUAUUCCAUGAAUGAAAUCAAGGAGCAUUAGAGUGAGCAAAUUAA